AUGGGCAGUCGGACCAAGAACCUGGCCACCCGCGCCACCAAUGCCGUGGUCAGCGUCAGCAGCCUGGCCGUAACCGCGCUCAAGGACAGCGACGGCAGCGGAGCGGGACAGGAUGUCUACACCUUCCACACCGGAGACGGCAGCGUCGCCGACGGCUGGCCCGCCCAGUCCAGCUGGGUCUCCUUCGACGACAUGUGGAAGGCCAACAAGCCCACCAUCAUGGAGUCGUGCACCCAGUUCGGCGUGCCCAACAACUCGGCCAACGAGACCCAGAACCUGUACGACGCGAUCCAGCAGGUGGCCAAGGAGUCCCACCUCGACCACCGGUUCAUCCUGGCCAUCAUCAUGCAGGAAUCCAAGGGCUGCGUCCGCGUGCACACCACCAACUACGGCGUCCGCAACCCGGGCCUCAUGCAGGAUCAUGACGGCGCCGGCACUUGCAACGACAACGGGGUGGUCCAGAACCCGUGCCCGAAGAACGAGAUCCUCCAGAUGGUUCGCGAUGGGGCCAUCGGAACCGCCGCCGGCGACGGACUCGCCAGCCUGAUCGACCAGCAGGGCAAGACGGACGUCUCCGGCUUCUACCGCGCCGCCCGCCUGUACAACUCGGGCUCCAUCUCCGACGCCUCCAACCUGAACGUCGGCGUCGGCACCGCCUGCUACGCCACCGAUGUUGCCAACCGGCUCACCGGCUGGGUCAAUGCCGCCUCCAAGUGCACCCUGAGCGCAUAG